UCUUUUAUUCAUCGCACGACAUGACUUUGAUAUGGACGCGCUUAUAAAAUAUCUAUGUUGUAGAGGUUUUUGUGAUGGUUUGCGUCACUUUAAAGACCUGGAAGGGGUAACGUGGAGCGUUCGGUGUCAUUUUUAAAGCGCUUGCCGUGUACAUGUUUCGUGACCGUUAUGUGUUUAAGUCGGCAUUUUUAAGGGCCUGGGUGUGAAUUUGUCAUCCGGGUUGGUAAUGUAGGUGGUUUGGGGAUAAAUAAAAUUGACAUUGUGGAUUUGGUGUGGCAAAUUAUUCAAUGACCCAGCACAUGACGUGAAGUCACCUCUGAAACACACUGAUAGCACUCCUGCUUUGUUACAACAUUAGCUGUGUGUGUGUGUGCGGGAAUGUGUAUAUAUAAUAUGUAUAUAUAUGUGUGUGUGUGUCGUCAGAAGGCCAAUGCAUUGAUUGCGUGACAGAUGGGCUUUUGUGUGAAAUACGACUCGCUACCAACAUGACCUCCAGCGUCACACGCCGAGCGAAACACGGAGCAGCAGCAAGAUGAAGAAGAAAGCCCGGAGCCACCGUGCCGCGGCGCCGCCGAGGCCGCCCUCGCCCAUCAAGCCCUCGCCCAACAAGCAGAUCCUGACUUACGCCCAGGCCCAACGAAUGGUGGAGUUUGAAAUCGACGGGCACAUCCACCGCCUCAGCAUCUUCGACAAGCUUGACGUCAUCUCGGAUGACGACCCAGUGGUGCAGGAGAUGACGGAAUGGGCCAACAACAAGGAGAACUCAGAGAAACCGCAGCAGCAGGUUCUGUUACGGUCGGUCCGGUUGAAAAACAACCAGGAGAAGAGAAAUGCCGCACUGGGCAUCAGUGCUCAGAAAGAAGGAGGCGGACAUCCUGCUUGUGCUAAUCUUGCACCCCAACUUCCUGAGCCUAAAUUUCAGACUGUGGAGUAUAACUUACCUGCAGUUCCUAAACGUCCCUCUUCAUAUUAUAAAUAUGAAGAGAAAACAGAAGAAGAGCUCGACGAGGAGACGGAGUACGACAUGGAUGAGGAAGACUACGCCUGGCUGGAUUUGGUCAACGACAAACGGCGAAGUGAAGGUGUCAGUCAAGUGUCUUAUAACGUCUUUGAGUUCUUAAUUGACCGCUUUGAAAAAGAGCUGCACCUGGAGGGUUUGGAUAAAGGCAGCGAAAGGCAAGCUUCUGUUGAUGAUGAUGCUGUUUGCUGCAUCUGCAUGGAUGGCGAGUGUCACAACAGCAACGCCAUUCUUUUCUGCGAUAUGUGCAAUGUGGCUGUGCACCAGGAGUGCUACGGCGUGCCCUACAUCCCAGAGGGCCAGUGGCUUUGUCGACACUGCCUGCAGUCGCCCACACAACCUGCAGACUGCAUCCUUUGCCCCAGCAAGGGCGGAGCUGUGAAAAAGACAGACGACGACCGCUGGGGCCACGUGGUCUGUGCCCUGUGGGUCCCCGAGGUGGGCUUCUCCAACACCACCUUCAUCGAGCCCAUCGACGGCGUCAGCCACAUCCCGCCCGCCCGAUGGAAGCUCACUUGCUAUCUGUGCAAAGAGAAAGGCGUGGGGGCGUGCAUUCAGUGCCACAAAGCCAAUUGCUACACAGCCUUCCACGUCAGCUGCGCACAAAAAGCGGGCUUGUUUAUGAAGAUGGAGCCCAUUAAGGACUUGACCGAGUCAGGAGAGCCCACCUUCUCAGUGAAAAAGACCGCCUACUGCGGCGCUCACACUCCUAACGGAUGCUUGAGGAGGAAGCUUACAAUCUAUGACGAGGCCACACCCAAGAAUGGACUGUGCAGCCAAGUGGACAAGACGAGUGGAAAGCAGAAGAAGAAGAGUAGGAAACCUGAGCCUGAAGUUGAAAGUGAAGAAGCAACCCAUUCUGCCGUGCCUUUGUUUCCUUCUCAUAGGUUACAAGCCAUUUUGAACCAGGUGUCCAUCCAGAAAAAGAAAGCAUUCGUGGAGCUGGUCCUCAAUUACUGGACUCUUAAAAGGCAAUCCAGGAACGGCCUGCCAUUGAUACGUCGCCUCCAGACGAGCCUGCAAUCCCAGAAGAAUGCACAGCCGGUUUGUUCAUCAAAGCAGAACGAGGAGGAAACGCGGGCGCUGAAGGACCAGCUGAAGCAGUGGCACCGGCUCCGGCAUGACCUUGAGAGAGCUCGGCUGCUGCUGGAGCUCAUUCGCAAGAGGGAGAAGCUCAAGAGGGAGGAGUUAAAGUUCCACGAGAGCCUGCUGGAGAUUCAGCUCACUCCCUUCAGCAUCGUGCUGAGAACCCUCUUGGACCAGCUGCAGUCCAAAGACCAGGCUAGGAUCUUCACUCAGCCAGUUGACGUCAGUGAGGUGCCCGACUACCUCGACCACAUCAAAUACCCAAUGGACUUCUCCACCAUGCGUCAGCGCAUCGACGCCCAGAAUUACACCAACUUUGACCAGUUUGAGAUAGACUUCAACCUCAUUGUCGACAACUGCAUGAAAUACAAUGCCAAGGACACCUAUUUCUACCGGGCAGCUGUCCGCCUUCGAGAUCAGGGUGGAGCGGUGAUCAGGAAGGCUCGACGCGAUGCAGAGAAGAUCGGCUUUGAUGCAGAGAGUGGCAUGCAUCUCGUGGAUGUUCCUGAAAUGAAGACGACGUCCUUUUCUUGGGAGGACGUGGACCGUCUCCUCGUACCGGGCAAUCGCAGUCACUUACCCCUGGACAAGCAGCUGCAGCAGCUCCUGGAGAAGUUUGACCUGACCUGCGCCAUGAAGUCCAGCCCCUCACGCAGCAAACGCAUCAAGCUGCUCAAGAAGACCAUCAAUGAUGUGCGCAGCGAAAUGAGCCUGAAGAUAGUCCAGCCGUCAGCCCACCACCACGGCAGCUGUUCUUCCUUUGUAGCCCCUUCCACAUCAGCAUCGUCUUCUAUAGCCCAAUGUGAGGAUGUGAAGAAAGAGGAGAAAUGGAAGGCAAAUGGACAUUUACCAGAAGAUGAGGCAGACAAGUCUCUCCCGCCUAAACUUGAGCCUUCGGACGCCAUCCCUCCUCUCAUCAACUCAGACACAGACCCCGAGCCGCCCACCCUCAAACCGAUAGACGCCGCCCCAGAGCAUGACGAUAAAUGCAACGGUGAACUACUCCACCCCCCGCCAUCGUCGCCGCCGCGACUCAACGGCCACUCUCACGACGGCCUCCAGGACUCUUUAUUUGACGGCGACGUGAGCGUGGUGGCCACGUCCACCCUGGCCGAGCCGGCGGGCACCAUGAGCCGACGUACCGCCGUGCUCUUCCGCAAAUCGAAAGCCGUCGUUCCCUACAAGCCCAGCGACGACGGUGCCAACAGUGCUGACAAAAAAGAGAGCGAGAAGGAGGUGGACAAUGGCGCCACGCAGCUGGGCACCAAAUCCUUCCUGUCUGUGGUCAUUCCUAGACUGGAGACUUUACUUCACAGCAAGAAGAGGAAGCAUAGAGACAGUGAGGGUGAAGAUGAAGAGGAGGGGAAGUCUUCAGUGAAAAGACUUGAUAUGGGGCUGUCGAGAGGUUUCCUGGACGUGGAAGAGAUGAAGGAGCCCGAGCAGCCCAGCAGAGCCAGCCGACCUGUGGAGCCACGAAGACGCUGUGCCUCAGAGUCCUCCAUCUCCUCUUGCAGCAGUCUACCCGGGGGCCCCAGGUGUCGCGCCAUCCUCAGUCUGCCGAAGUGUGGAAAAGGGAAACCUGCCAUGGUGCGGAGAAGCACUGUAGAGGAUAAGAGUGAAUUAAUUGCCUGCAUAGAAAAUGGGAAUUUUGCCAAAGCUGCACGGAUUGCUGCAGAUCAUCGACCCCCACAUGCCGCGUGUGGGCUGCCAGCACAACGGGGUGUCCAUCCCCAUGCCUCCUAUGGACGUGCUCCGCAUCGGGGAACAAAUGCAGUACAAAUCGGACGAGAAACUCUACCUCGUGCUCUUUUUCGACAACAAACGCAGCUGGCAGUGGCUUCCAAGGUCCAAGAUGGUCCCCCUGGGUAUGGACAAGACCAUCGACAAGAUCAAAAUGAUGGAAGGCCGCACGUCCAGCAUUCGCAAGGCGGUCCAGGUGGCCUUCAGCCGCGCCAUGAACCACCUGAGCAUAGUGCAGGACGACCCAGUCAGCGACCUCAGCGACGUCGACUGACACCGCGCCUGCCCGCCUGCACUAAGCCGACACCGCUCCUGUACCUCUUCCACGCCGAUGUUGACUACUCCUCGCUCCAUUCCCACUUGAACACACUCCUAAACGUGCCGAUGCUGCUUAAACGAAUGUCCCACCUCACGUGUUCACCUCCAGGCCUAUCACUGUGCUGAAGAGACCGCCUCCACUGUCCACGCCACGGUUUCCUCCUCCAUUUCAAGCCAAAAGUGUCCAUGUUGGCCGUUCUCCAGCAACAUUUAUAUCCAUAUGACAUUCACACGUGAACACUCCCUCCUUUGUAUUUAAACUGUAAAUAUGUAUAGUUGCUUGACACUAACUUAUUUUCUAGAGUUUUGUUGUAUUUAUACCUCUUGAUGCAUUUGUGGCGAUAAGGCGUGAGUGCUAAGAAAAAAAAAGCCUUACAGACGAAGCCUGAACAUGUAUGAAAGUAUUUCCUGUUUUAAAUUAUUGACCUUUAUAAUCAUGCGCCUUCAUUUGGUAUUAAUCCUUUUUUUGUAUGAAAUAGUUUUAGUCUAUUUUGUUCAUAUACAGUAUAGUAUAUUUAUAUGGUUUGGAUACAACGUGAUACUGUAUGUAUGAAGUCGGAUUUUGUGGACAAACGAACCAAAAAUGUUGCGACCCAGAUUCAUUUUUUAUUUUUUGCAGGUUUUUCAGUGUGCGAAAAGUUUUGGGUUUUUUUGGGUGUGUGACAUGUUUAUUUUUGAUGUAGAUGUAGUGGCUGCACUAACUUAUUUGAAAGUACGUCAUUGCUUUAUAUUCAAGGAACAAUUGUGGUAAAGUGGCACAUUUUGUAAUGGAUUCUUCUGAAUGAUUUUUAAAACGUUUUUUUUUUGUAGCCAUAGAAUUGAAUUAUUUUUUUUCUGGGUAUAGCAUUGGUUAGUGUCAUUUCAUUUUGUAUUUAGUAGUUUUUAUCAAGUCACAUGAAAAAAACAAAAAAUAAAAAAAAUACAACUA